UAGCCAAGUUGGCAGCACUGUUGGUACAUACAUAUCCGUGGUUGUGUUAUUUUUGCGUGGAAUUUGUACGCUCCGUGUGGACAGUGAUAGAAAAUUCAUUGAUCAAAACAAAUCGGCAUUGUUGCGGUUUCGAUUCGCCUGGAAUACGUCCCCCGAAGUGCAACAACAUCACGGCACGGGGCGAAAAGGAGAAGGUCUAGUUCAACGACAGAAAUCCGGUAGUUCCCACAGAAUGAAGAGCAAUUUGGACCAAGGCGGAUAUGCUCCUCCGGGCUAUGCGCCAGGAUACCCACCCCCAAAUGCUCCACCCGCCGAGGGCUUCGGAUACCCACCUCCUCCUCAAAGCGCCCCAUACGCCCCUCCACAUCCCGGAAGUCAACAGCCGCCGCCGCCCAUGAAUUACGGCUUUGUGCCAGGCCAGCAGCCGUCCGGAUACGGUCCAGUUCCCCAGAUGCCACCAUACGGAGAGGCCGCUCCUUUCGGAGCUGGUCAGCCGCCCUACGUGGGCGGAGGAGGGCCGCCACCCCAGGCAUUCGGAGGCUAUCCACCCGGGCCAGCAGGACCGCCGCAGCCAUACGGAGGGUAUCCGCCGGUUCAGCCAGGAGGACAUCCGCAGCAGCCCAUCAUCUCCCAGCCGGGAAUGGGACCAGGAAUGGGUGGUCCGGGCAUGGCGCCAGGAAUGGGACCUGGGGGUCCGGCAGGAGACUGGAUGAGUAUACCUUCCGGAAUUCCGAAUUGUCCGCGCGGAUUGGAAUACCUUACGACUAUCGACCAGCUUUUGGUUAAGCAGAAGGUCGAACUGCUCGAGGCCUUCACCGGCUUCGAGACCAACAACAAGUUCUCGAUCAAGAACGCCCUGGGCCAGAAGGUCUACUACGCGGUGGAGGACAACGACUGCUGUACAAGGAACUGUUGCGGACCGGCCCGUCCCUUUGACAUGAAGGUGUUCGACAACUUUCAGAAUGAGGUGAUCCACAUGCACCGGCCUCUGGCCUGCUCCUCCUGUCUGUUUCCAUGCUGCCUGCAAAGCAUCGAGGUCUCGGCGCCACCCGGCAAUGUCAUCGGUACCAUUGAACAGGAGUGGUCCAUUUGCUCGCCCUCGUUCCGGAUACUCAACCAUAUUGGCGACACUGUCUUGCGCAUCGAAGGUCCCUUCUGUACCUUCUCUCUUUGCGGCGACGUGGAGUUUAACGUGGUCUCCCUAACUGGCGAGAAGGUGGGAAAGAUCUCGAAACAGUGGUCUGGAUUGGCACGAGAGAUCUUCACGGAUGCAGACUUCUUUGGCAUUAGUUUUCCGCUGGAUCUGGAUGUCCGCAUGAAGGCGGUUCUCUUGGGAGCCACAUUCCUGAUCGACGCCAUGUUCUUUGAGAAAUCAGGAAACCAAGAAACAGAUAGACCCGGCAUGUUGUAAUAUAGCCCUGACUAGAGCUGCGAUGUGGGAACAUUCUAUCAUUUUAAAAACGUAUUGCUUGCAAUCUUUGUACAUCAGUCGGUAAAAGCUGUAAUUGACAUUUAAUCCCUGUGAACUAUCGCGUACUAGUCUUCAAAACCAAAAGCUUGUUGAUCGUUAUGAAGUUGAAAGCCAACUACAAAACAAAACUACUUAAACUCAGGCGUCCUUCGACAGGACAUCGCCAGUACAAUUAUAGCUUAGACAUUUAAGUUUACGAGCAUUUUUUGCUAUCUCUCCAACACAAACUCUUCAACGACGAAUCUGCUUCCUUCAUGAAUUUACAUUGUGGCAGAAAAUAUUAACAAAUGAAACUGGUACUUCUGAACGCUAUUUGAGUGUCUUACAUGUUUGUAUAUUUAUAAAUCCCAUUUUAUGGAUAAGCUGAAAGGAAACAUUUAUAUAAAUACUUUAUUGUUGUACCCAGAUAUAUGUGAAAUACUUUGGUAUUAUUUCGAUAGUUGAAUAAAUCUCUGAAACACUUUAUUUAAAAUCAAAAUAAAUCAUUUGAUUUUCCUAUCAGUAUGGCCUUAGAAAUAAGAAAAAAUUAUAUUUUUUUCGGUCUGUUCUCUUCGUUGUGUUCGUAAUGACACUCCAAAAAUGUAUAAAAUUAAAAAAAUAAUAAUGAGGAGUAAUGGAUUGCUUGAGAGAGUUGGAUAAGGUCGUGGUUAGCAGGCUCCUCAUCUUCCUGGACUACUUCAGCAAUACCAACACAAAAUAUGCCAUAUGCGAUGGCAGUGACAGGCAACUGUUGCUCGCCGUCCAGGACAACAGCUUCGCCAGCCUGUUCCUUCCGAAUGCAUUUGUGACGUUUCUGGUUAUGAACACCGAUAUCCGUCAGGUAUUGCAACUGGACCGACCCAGGAAACUGUUUAAAGUGUCUAGAAUGAACGUUUAUGCUCCAUCGACUAGAUACAUUGGCUCGAUCCGGAACAAGUCCUUCUCAUUGUUAAGGCAGAGUUAUCGAGUCUUGGACGCUAGAAAGAAGUUGGUGUAUAAGAUCAGAGGCCCCAUAUUCCCAGGAACUACGAGAAUCCCCUACAAUAUCUAUAAUGGCAAGGGCGUGAGAGUGGGGACCAUCACCAGAAAGCUCCGCAAAUUUCCACGAGAACUCGUAUUCGAAGGCGACAUUUUUGUGGUGACUUUUCCCAAGGACAUGUCGGUCACCGACAAGUCCCUUUUAGUGGGUGUCACUUUCUACUUAGAAGCUAUGUAUCCCCACUUGCUGGAGGACAAAUUAAGGAUAAAUUAUUAAACUGAUGGGUUGACUUGGUGGUUCAUGUUGUAAUAUUUAAAUAGAAUAUACUUUAUUUCUUGA